AUGUCAGACACCAAGUCUAACACGACGGCUCUCGACCAUAAGAGUGUGUCAGAGGACGAGGAAGGAGGCAGAGCUAGUGAGGAGGGUCUACAGGGAACACCGGUGCCAAUUGAUGAGGAUGAAAUCGCGGCUCGGAUGAACAACCUUGAUCCUCCCUUCCUCGCUCUGUUUGCCGAGGCGGUUGGCUCUGGACGACGAACACCAGGCUCGCGGCCGGUCGACAUUACCGACAUAUCCGACCUUAAUGUAAUUACCGGAAUUCCUGAGUUCAGCGCCUGGCACAAAGACACCGUUAAGUUUUACAACGACCCGACGACCCGUGAUUCGGAAACCUAA